UUGCAUUUACAUCAAGCUAUGUCCAAGAAAGAUGUAAGGAUCAGCGCGUCAUCAGUCUCUCUUCGCGAUGAUUCUCGGUCACAGAGUGAAUCGAUAUCUUACUUUGUGUCGUCAGCCAAGCGGGUCGGAAAAUCUACGGUGAGCAAAAAACAUACGUUCAGUGCGAACGAAGCGGAGAAACUGAUGAAGAAACAUUUGAAAAAGAAAUCGAUUCCGGUGAAUAUUCACUGUGUUGAAGAUGGAUUACAUUUUGCUGCCACGACACCAAAACAUCGGAAGAAAGUAAAAGAACUUGUGACCUAUCGGGAUAUUCAGCAUAUAUUCAUCUAUUCUCUGAACCCGCAGUUAUUCAUGUUAUGUGUCGAAGAAUCAGCCAAAAAGGGGAAAAAAUUCUACGAAAGCUUCCAGUGUGAUAAUGCUAAUGAUAUCGGCCGGAUUUGUGAACUCACCACUGAAGCAAAAGAUGCACCGGAUGGUAAACUUCAUAUCCGAACCACAGCAGCGGAAAUUGAUUACCAGAACCAACCGGAUACAUCACGUGAGCAAAAUCAUGUAACGACGCCGCAAACAGGUGAAGAGCGAAUAAGUUGGCAACAACGAGGGAGUUCUACGGUGCAGGUGCAAGAAUCACCAAAAGUGUCUAAAGAAGCGGUCUCAUUAUCUCCCCUUGAACUCUCCUCUGGUCCCACUUAUGAAGCUGUAGCACCUGUGCAAAGCGGAAUGACAUUUAGUGCUUAUAAGCCAAGUGCAGAUCCGGGUCUUGAUGGAACUGAGAAUAAUGAUGGUCUGGUAGAGCUGACCUCUUCCAGGAUCACAAUCCGUAGUGUUUCACGUGCGGCUGGUGAGAAGAUUUCCAGACCCCGGUGUUUGGAAGAUCAUAAUGUGGAGGAAUUAAACUACAUGUUUGGCGAGCCUUUGACAUAUAUGAUCGAAGAACCAGGUGGCUCAAAGAUUUCUGCACGUGGACCCAUUUACUUGUAUGCCAAACGCGUAUUAAACAGCAAUCAUCCGGUUUGCAGCACAAAUUCUGCUAGCAAGCUGAGACAAUAA